AUGUUUAAACCCACAACUUAUAGCGAAUUAUAAAAAAGAAAGAAGAUGGUUAUUGGAAUGCAUAUGAUUGACCCCUCUGAUAGAUAUCAUUAUUUUAACAUUGUUGGAGGAAAUAAUUAAUUCAAAUAGAAAACAAGUUCCAUCAGUUAAUAACAUAAAUAUGAGAAUUAUACUCCUAGACAAAUGGUGACUUUACCUGUUACACCCAAUAGUAAAUGCCCUUCCUUUUUCGAGAAGUCCUAAUUACUAGUUUCUAAAUAAGUUAGCAUAACCCCAAGAAUAAAAUAAGUAAGAUAGCAAACAAAACCAGUACUGAUGUAAUUAAAAACUCAAAUAAUGGAUAAAAAAGGAAAUGAAUCAUUCAGACUCAAAGAAACAAUUACAAGUCCAGCUAAAAAGAAGUAAAAUGAUUUGAAGAAAAAAAUCUUAUUGGAGUUAGCUUAACCCUCAGAUCUUGACGAUUUUGUUGAUUAUGUAUGUAAUAAGAAAUUAAUAUGA